CCAGCCCCCGCCCCGCUCCGGGAGCGGAGCUGCGGGCACGGGGACACGGCGGUGCCACCUCGCUCUGCUUCUCCUCGCUGUCCCCAUCUCACCCUCUGCCAGGGGACGCUGCCGGGGCGCGGGUCCCCCCUCCCUCGGGGCUUGGCGACCUGGAGGAUUUCCCGGUGGCAGCAGGGCGCUCCCAGGACCUGAUGGAUUUCUGAUACUGCUUUCCUGAGGGGCUGGAAGGAGCAUGGUUAAACACCAACCGCUGCAGUACUAUGAGCCACAGCUAUGUUUGUCCUGUCUGACAGGGAUCUACGGCUGCCGCUGGAAACGAUACCAGCGGUCACAUGAUGACACCACCAAGUGGGAGCGCCUCUGGUUCCUUAUCCUCACCUCAUCCUUCUUCCUGACCCUGGUCUGGUUUUACUUCUGGUGGGAAGUUCAUAACGACUACAAUGAAAUCAACUGGUUUUUAUAUAACCGAAUGGGAUAUUGGAGUGACUGGUCCAUUCCAAUACUUGUAACAACUGCUGCUGGCUUUACGUAUAUUACAGUGUUAUUGAUACUAGCACUAUGUCACAUAGCUGUGGGACAGCAAAUGAACCUGCACUGGUUUCACAAGAUUGGCCUGAUGACGACCUUGAUAACAACUGUGGUGACCAUGUCAUCAAUAGCACAGCUUUGGGACGACGAAUGGGAGAUGGUAUUUAUUUCACUGCAAGCCACAGCUCCUUUCUUGCACAUAGGAGCACUUGCAGCAGUCACAGCCCUGUCAUGGUUGAUAGCGGGGCAGUUUGCACGGACGGAAAAAGCCACUUCUCAGAUGCUGAUGUUCACUGCAUACCUUGCAGUUGUAGUUGCACUUUACCUCGUCCCCCUCACCAUCUCAUCCCCUUGCAUAAUGGAGAAGAAGGCUCUGGGACCAAAGCCAGCCAUUAUAGGUCACCGUGGUGCACCGAUGUUGGCACCAGAAAACACUCUGAUGUCCUUCCAGAAGGCGAUGGAGCAGAAGAUAUAUGGAGUCCAAGCUGAUGUUGUAUUGAGCUAUGAUGGAGUGCCAUUUCUGAUGCAUGACAGAACACUCAGGAGAACAACAAACGUGGAGGAAUUGUUUCCAGAGCGGGCCUAUGAACACUCCUCCAUGUUCAACUGGACUGACUUGGAAAAGCUCAAUGCUGGAGAGUGGUUCCUGCAGAAUGACCCUUUCUGGACCGCAGGAUCUCUUUCGAAGUCUGACUACUUGGAAGCUGCCAAUCAGUCAGUCUGCAGGCUGGCAGAUAUGCUAGAGGUGAUCAAGGACAACAUGUCGCUCAUCCUGAACUUCCAGGACUUGCCACCAGCUCAUCCCUACUACAAUACUUACAUCAACAUUACCCUGGAAACCAUCUUGGCAUCAGGAAUUCGACAACAGGCUGUGAUGUGGCUGCCAGACAUUGAGAGGCAGCUGGUCAGACAGAUUGCACCAGGUUUCCAGCAGACUUCUGACCUCAAGCUGGACGCAGAGCGCAUGAGAGAGAAGGGCAUCGUGAAGCUCAACCUGCGUUAUACAAAGGUCACAAACGAGGAUGUCAGGGACUAUGCCAUGGCGAACCUGAGCGUGAAUCUCUACACUGUGAACGAGCCCUGGCUAUACUCCAUCCUGUGGUGCGCUGGUGUCCAGUCGGUCACCUCUGACAGCUCCCACAUCCUUCGCAAGGUGCCUUUUCCCAUCUGGCUAAUGCCCCCAGACGAGUACCACCUAAUCUGGAUCACGUCUGAUCUCAUUUCAUUUAUCAUAAUUGUAGGAGUUUUUGUAUUCCAGAACUAUCACAUGAUCAGGUGGCGCUUAGGAAGCAUCAGGACCUACAACCCAGAGCAGAUCAUGCUCAGUGCUGCUGUUCGCCGGUCCAGCCGGGAUGUCAAGAUCAUGAAGGAAAAGCUUAUCUUCUCAGAGAUCAACAAUGGCGUUGAGACCACGGAUGAGUUGUCUCUUUGCUCCGAGAAUGGCUAUGCCAAUGAGAUGGUCACCCCCACGGAUCAUCGGGACACCAAGCUGCGGAUGAACUGAGGCUCCAGUCCAGCUCUGGCACGUGGCUGCCCUUGUGUUCGCUCCAGCAGUGAGAGCCGUGCUCUCCUGCUUGCUGCGGGAUGGGAACCUUUAAGGAACUGCUGGCUGGGCAGAGACCCCUUCCCACACCCCAUUACUGGCUACUUCACCUCCCUGGUUGUGAGGUUGGGGGGCCUAUUUUUGUAAAUAUGUAGAAAACCUGAUUUUUUUGUUCUUUUUUUUUUUUUUUUCCCCCCCCCGAGUGUAAUUUUUCCAGGGCAUGAGUGGAAAUACUGUGUUCAUUAAAUCCGUGUCCUUAUGACUGGAGUUAUUUGAAUCUUGAUGUGACAGCCUGAGUCCCCUUGCAGGGUUCUGGGAAAACCACAUUGGAUGUGUCUCCCCGUUCUUCCCCUUGCCCUCCUCCCCUCCUUCCCUUGGUGCAGCGACUGUGUAGCUGAACUCCGUAUGUUGUGAUGUUCUUGUGAAGUGUUAGUUUUGUUAUGUUUUGGGUGUUUUUUUAUUUCUUUCCCCUUUCCCCCUUUCCUGGGCAAUGAAGUUUUAGCUCUAAUGCAACAGGAGGCUGUUUGGAGGAGAGAAGCUUUCCUGUGAGAGGAGGUAGCACUGCUCUUCCCGGCUGGCGUUCAAAGCCAGGGAAAGACUGCACUGGCUCAGUCACUUGGGCACCUUCUCCCUGUCCUGUCCUCCUUCCCCAAAGCCUGGAGACUUUGAGGGGAAUGGCCGUCUCAAAAUGUCUUUCUGCAGUCUUGAAGGCAAAUUCUGAGUGUUGGCUGUGGAUUGGCCUCUGUUGGCACCAAUGUUUUGAUUUUUGAUAUUUUUUUCCCCCUUUUUAUUUCUUUCUAUUUUCUCCCUGAAUUGGGCUCUUUCAGGAGCUCAGGUGGCUUGCAAAAAGCAAUGCCAUAGGUACCAUCACCACUCAGAUCUGGCUAAAGUGCCUGCUGCUGCAAGUGGCAUUUGCAGUUUCUCCUUUGCUUCUUUAUCCUUGCACCCAUAUAGGAAGAGGAGGUAGUGGUAUAGCGUGAGCGUUCCUCUUCUCUGGGCCAAGGAAGAUGCCCAUGGAUGAAGGAGUUGUAAAUGGUUGGGAAGGUGGAGCAGCCCCAGAAUGUAAUUUAUUCCUGCAAGGAGACCUUUUCUCCUUGCUUUAAAAGCAGGAUCUUUAAAGCUGUGUGUUCCUGUCCUCCAAAGAAGUGACAGCCUUGCAGCAGAUGCUGACAGGCUUAUGAAGGCAAGAGCUCUCAUCAGCCUGUUUCCAAUGCAAUGUUUCCAAUGCUUUAAACCAAAAUCCUAGACUAGUGGUUAAAAAAAAAAAAAAAAAGCAAACCCAGAAACAAAGUAGAUGACUGUUGCAUUUAUCCCCUCCUUGAAGUGGCUCUCAGUCAGCCCAAGGAUAGUUUCAGCUCUCUGCUCUUGACCUUCAAGGCCUCAUGGAGAAGAGCCUAGUUUUGGAUCACUUUGCUGUUCACAUGGAGCCAGUUCCCAAGGCAGCUGAAGCCAGCUGGAAGGCUGCUGGAGCUGUGAAUGGGUCUUGGCUCAGUCCCUGUGGCCUUCUGAUAUUAGGUUGCUCCCUUUCUUGCUGGACCUUGGUUGACACAAUGUGCAAUGUGAAAAAUCCCAUGGAGCGCAAGCUUCUUUUGAAGCUUGGUGUGCACUGGCUUGAAAGCAAUGAUGGGACCAUCAAAGUUGUUUCCUGGACGAACGGGAGCUAAUGCUGAGUCUUUGGGCAUUGGCCAAGCUGGGUUAUAGAGCUCACAAACAACUGUGAGAAGGCACCUUGCAGACAGGAGAAUGACCUGAGGGAUGCUGACGUGCAUCAAAUUUGACACCCAAAGCAGACUUGGAAAGGCCAGAAAUAAGCCAUGAUAAAAACUUCCUUGAAUAGUUUCUUCUUGUCUUGGCAGCACUGAACUGCUCUAGCUUUUUUUAAGUAAUGUUUUGAAACAUUAAUGUUUAAAUACAUUUUCCAGUAAUGUUUUGAAACCUAAGGUCUUGGACUUAGUGUAUAAGAACUGGGGGCAAAAGCGGCCAACUUAGCUGUGUCGAAGAGAAUUACCCCUAUUGAUAAUGAAAAUAUGAAUUGUGAUGCUUUAAUAAGCACACAAUUGGAUGCAAAUCAAGACUUUAAUUCCUUUGCAUCUACCCUGGGUUUUUAAGAAUGUAGGUGGAAUACGACCCCAGUCCAUGCUCUCUUCCCUUCCCCAAAUACUGUCUUUGUUUAUGGUACUCUCUCAAGUCUGUGAAAUGGUGUGAUAUUUUUUCUGCAGAAUUGCAAGAUUUCAGUGGAUUUGAAAGCUUUUGAGAACAAAGUCGCUUCUCUCUUUAAUGUGGUGCUGUAUAGAAACAUUCCUAGUGGAUUGUCAUUGCCAAGUGAGAGAUGUUUAAAUCUCAGCAUCUGUUGAUAAUCACCUGCAUGUUCUGUUUUUAUCCUUGGAGAUGGCUUUAUUGAAAGGUCAAGUGCUUAAAAGCUUAGAAUGUUGAAAGCAAUCCAACAAAAAGUUGUUUUCACAGUUCACUUUUUUCUUUUUUUUAAUGAUGAGACCCAAACUUUAUGCGUAAUGCACUGAUGGUUAUCAUUAUCAUCCUGAGUAUUUACUUUUCUUUUUUUAAAGGAUGAUACUUUUUUGAUGAAGAUAGACCUAGACCAAAAUAAACUCUGCGAUGCUCUGUGAAAUAAAUUGUCGGUAUUCCCCUGCCAGUCUGUGACGUCGUGUGUUCUGGGAUUGCUUGCAUAAUGAGGAUGCUUUGAUUUUCUCCCUGUGUUCCUGCUUUUUCUUGCUUCAUGAGGAAGCUAAAGGUCUGACCAGAGGGAGAUGUGUAGAGCUGUCCUUCUUGAGGUUGGUAUAGUUGUAUUACAUCUCCUCUUGAUGACUCCAGGCUGAGUGGUGUGGUUGACAUGCUUGAGGGACCUGGACAGGUUUUAGUAGUAAGUAGGCCCACGUGAACCUCAUGAGGUUCAACAAGGCCAAGUGCAAGGUUGUGCAUCUGGGUUGGGGCAACCUCUAUAAAUAUGGGCUGUGUGAGGAAGGGAAAGACUUGGGGGUACCGGUGGAUGGAAAGUGAGCAUAAGCUGGCAAGGUGCGCUCACAGCCCAGGUGGCCAACCGUAUCCUGGGCUGCAUCAAAAGAAGCAGGGCCAGCAGGCUGAGAGGUGAUUCUGCACCUCUACUCCACUCUGGAGAGACCUUGCCUGGAGUAUUGUGUCCAGCCUUGGAGCCCUGAGCACAGGAUAAGUAUGGGCCUGUUGGAGUGGGUCCAGAGGAAGCUACAAAAGUGGUUGGAGGGCUGGAACACCUCCCCUGUGAAGAAAGGCUGAGAGUUGGGGUUGUUCAGCCUGGAGAAGAGGAGCUCUGGGGAGACCUUAUUGUGGCCUUUCAGUACUUAAAAGAUGGUUUAUAAAGAAGAUGGGGACAGGCUUUUCAAUAGACCUGUGGCAACAGGACAGGGGGUAAUGGUUUUAAUAUAAAAGACAGUGGAUUCAAACUAGAUAUAAGGAAGAAAUGUGUUACGAUGAGGGUGGUGAAACGCUGGUACAGGUUGCCCAGAGAGGUGGUAGAUGCCCUAUCCCUGGAAAUAUUCAAGGUCAGGUUGGACUGGGCUGUGGGCAACCUACUCUAGUUGAAGAUGUCCUUGCUCAUGGCAUGGAGUAGAUGACUUUUAAAGGUCUCUUCCAAUCCCAACUGUUCUGUGAUUCUACAGUUCUCCCCUAUGUGGGUUUUACAAGACAGUAGCUGAAAAGCAGUCAUACAGAGAGGAGGCAACUGUGCAGACCUGAGUCUUGAAUAGUAACUCUGGAAUUUUUUUUGGUGUUUGUGGCCACUCAGGGACAAUGAUGUGCCCACAGAAUUGAUCAGGCAGCAUUUUUAAACCAAACAAAUGGGAGGGCAUUUAUUUUUAACAUACAAAGUCAUUGCCCCAGAGUGCUGUGAAGACCAAAAGCCAUAAGCAAGUUUGAAGAGGAGUAAGUGGCUCAUAUGUCCAUUAGCACUUAUUAAACUCAUGAGCCUGGAUGGAAGAUACAGCUUGGGAAGUCCCUGAGCAGUUCUUUGCUAAAUGUUUAUAUUAAAUGAAAGGCUUGCUUGGUGCUUGCUCUAUUUUUCCAUUCUUUACCCUAGGAUCUGCUUCCAGCUGCAGACAGAAUGCUUUGGGUGAGAAGGGCAUCUCAUCUGGGUCAGUGUGGGAUUGUUCUUUGUUAACAGCUGUUUUCUCCAGCCUCUGCGUGGGUGCAUUUAACAUAUAGUUUAAAGGGAUUAAAGUAAAUACAAUGCUUUCUCACCGGUUGAUGAUGGGUAAUGUGUACUGUGACAUGAAUUUGACUGGUUCUGAGAAUACUAUUUGAGUGUGAAAUAUAAAAAUGCCCGUAGGGGGAGGGGUAGAGCUCCUAAUAUCUAUAACAUUGAAUAAUCUUUAACAGGGCGCUGUUAUUGCUGUACCCUGGGGGAAGAUAUUGAAAGCUUGAAAGGAGAGACGCGAGAGUCAUGUAGGCUGUCUGUUGUUCAAAUAAAAGAGCUAAGGAUUGGUUUCUGGCUCUAAGCCUGAGUGGCUUGGGACAGGCAAUGUUGCACUAUUUAACUCUUUUUCUUCCUCUUUAAAACUGCCCUUAUAUAAGAGCUUAGUCGUGCAGCUGGGAUAGUUCUCAUAGUAUCUGGGAAACCCUUCCAGCCCUUUCAAUUCAUUAGUAAAUUCAUAGUCCUGGGAUCUGAGAGGUGAUGCUG